CAUUGGAAAAAGUUCCUCAAAUCUGAAAUAUUUAAAUUUGGAUAGACGUGCGGGCGCGAAGUAAUUAAUAAUUACUGCGGCUCACAAAAGCAAUUUCCCUAUUUCAGGGGGUUGGUAUAAAAUACGAAUAAAGGCCAGCUUUUGAGCAGAUUAGAGUUUUCCCGCCAAACAAAUUCAGGGGUUAGAAACCUUGCAAGUGGCUGCACAUUAUGUCCGACAGCGAGGAUGAUUGGGAAAGUAAGGAUGUCGAUGAGAUGCUCCGGGAGAUCCAGAAGAAAACCCAACAGGCUUCCAUAGCGGUUCCUGCUGAAGCGAUUCCAGUUGAGUGUGUUAGUCAAAAUCCAGGCCGCCCUCCAUUCUUUUUUGAUCAAGAUUUCGGCGGGAGGUAUGAAAUCAAGCCAGCAUUUAAGAAUAGUUCCAAAGGCGGAAAAUCAAAGCAAGAUUAUAUGCAACGAACCUCAGCAGGACAGUUGAAAACUCUUUUGGAUUCGGAUCCUCUUAGAGGAUUUAUUGCUAUCUUGCAACGGAAAUGUGGCUUUUUUAAAUAUUUUGACGAAUCAAUUCCGCCAGAACAUGUCCCUUUAGUCAUCCACAUCUUUGCUAAACUCUGCGAGCUUCCCUUCGAGGAGCAUAGAAGGGAUUUCUUGAGAAAGUUUGUUAGUUCCGACAACUUGUUCCGGCAUUUGGAAAGCUUUUUCGAUUCCGAAAACUAUCCUUCGACGGCUAUCGAUGAUUUUAUUUAUUUGAGUUGGAAGUUGAAGAGCUCAGAAGUCGAGAAACGGAACGUGCGUGUUUUGCUCCAAAAACUUGAAGCGAAACACGCUGAUAAGCAGGAGCUCCAAAGAAAGAUACAGAACAUUCUCAACGCGUUUGAAGACGACUACCAGAAGUACAAAGAAAUCUACCCCACCCUCGAUGAACUGAAAAGCGACGCCCUCGGUGAUGUCAAGCUCAAUAUUACGGAGGGCAAGUAUCCGUCGGUUGACGAAUAUGUAGAAACUCAUUUGUCACUUUUGCGCGAGGAUUUCAUUGCUCCAAUUAGGGACAUAGUCAAUGAGUUGCGAGGGUUUGAGUCGUUGGAGGCAGUGUCGUCGAAGCAGCUCUACAAAGCUACAAGAUUCGGUGUGAAGCACACAACUUACGGCCCAGCCUUUCUGGUAGAUUUCAUGCCAAAAGAUCGGGGUGAAGACCAGCUACUUCUCUCGGGGAAUCAUGCAUCCAUCUACAGCGCGAAGAAGCUAAUGUACGGUUCUCUCUUGUGCUUCACGUCCAGUCUACAAUUCGAGGAUCUGAUACUCGGCGUGGUUUCUCGACGCGAUGACGAGCUUGUUUCGAAAGGAUUUGUUCAUGUUGAAAUCGUUAAGAUGUACAACGUGGGAAACAUUUUCAACCGUGACUUUAUCAUGUUUGAGAGCGAAACAUACUUUGAGCCGUACCAGCACGUUUAUCGGGUGCUGCGUGGUCUCCAUAAGGAGAACUUUCCUCUGGCGGAUUAUAUAGUGAACGUUGAAUGUAACGCCAGACCUCCCGACUAUUUGAGAGGCAGGCUCAAGCACACCUACAAAUACCAGGAACACUCUUUCAACCCGCUUGAUUUGGAAAGCUAUCCGCCUUGUGAAGUUCUCGGAUUAGACAAAUCUCAAUAUGCGGCCAUCCAGCACUCACUUAGCCAGAAAUUUUCACUGAUCCAAGGACCGCCUGGAACUGGGAAAACUUUCAUCGGAUUCAAAAUUCUCUCAAUGCUUCUUAAAAAUGUCGACGCACCGAUUUUAGUUGUUUGCUAUACCAAUCAUGCGCUCGAUCAGUUCUUGCUGGGCGUCCUGGAAACGACGCAAGACGUUGUACGCUUGGGAAAUCAAUCGAAGCAUGAAAUUCUUGAUGCCUACAAUAUACGGCAAAUGAUUGAACGUUCAGAGCAGGAUUGGACUCUGAAACAUUGCAGGGAAACCGAGUUGAUGGCGCAUACGUCGCUGAUGUCGAAACUUGAGCGUUUGGAAACAGAAGGUGAUAAGGAAGAAAAUUACGAGGAAAUAAUGAGAGUGCAGGGAGAUAUACGACGAGUAUCAGCAAAACUCCACGAAUUGAAGCAAAUUUUGGACUUUCAACAGAUCAAAGGCAAGAAAGUCAUUGGAAUGACUACAACCUUUGCCUCGCGAAAUCAUUCGUUGCUGCAACUUCUAAAAGUUCCAAUUGUCAUUGUUGAGGAAGCCGCGGAGGUACUGGAAUCGCAUAUCAUCGCAGCCAUAACACAAUCAACAGAACAUCUUAUACUCAUUGGUGAUCAUCAGCAAUUGCGUCCCACAACCAGCGUCUAUAGGCUAAGUGAAAAAUAUAAAAUGAAUAUUUCCCUUUUCGAAAGAAUGAUAAAGAACAAACUCCAUAGCGUAUGCUUGAAUACGCAGCAUCGAAUGCGUCCAGAUAUAGCAAACCUCUUACGUCCUACAAUUUAUGAAGAUCUGAAUGAUGCAGACAUAGUCCGGCAAUAUAAAGACAUUCGGGGGAUGUCUAAAAAUAUGUUCUUCGUUAACCAUGAUUUUAAGGAAUUGAAGGCUUCUGAAAGAAACACCAAGAAAAAUGUACAUGAAGUCCUGUUUUUAUUAUCGCUAGCGGAUUACUUACUUUCACAAGGCUACAAUCCCCAGGACAUUGUAAUUCUUUGUACCUACAACGGACAAGCUUUCGAAUUUAUAAGUGAGAUCAAAAGACGCGGGAAGAUAGCAACCAUCCGAGUUUCGGUUGUUGAUAAUUUUCAAGGUGAAGAAAGCAAAAUAAUCCUAUUGUCUUUGGUCCGCAAAAACGACGAGAACAAUAUUGGUUUCUUAGCAAUGAAGAAUCGCAUCUGCGUUGCUUUGUCAAGAGCUAAAGAAGGUUUCUACGCUAUAGGCGCUAUCGAUUUUUUGGCACGCAAUAAUUCAAUAUGGAGAAAGGUGAAAGCAACUUUAAAAGAUCAGGACGCAAUUGGGGAUGCAUUGCCUCUGCUAUGUAGGAAGCAUGGGGUUGUGACUGAAGUACGAACACAUGAAGAUUUCCAAUUUUUCAAGGAAGGGAGGUGUUGCAGGUCUUCAAACGAUGCCCAAGAUGUGAUUUGAUUUUUUAGCCCACGGAAAAAUGAAAAUCUUUUUAUGGAACAAAUAAAAGUGGGUGUAUUGACCGACUUAGGUGUAUUGACUCUUCAGCAGGUCCUGGACUCAAUACUACUCGAAACCUUUUUGAAGUCACUAAAAAAGUCUCGUAAAAGAAAAGAUAUCUUUUUUGUUAUUAUUUAUUAUGACUGGUUGGAAUGUGAAUGAUUUGAGGUAAAACCAUCGAA